AUGUCGUUAGAAAAAGCUAAAGAACAAUCAACUGAUACUAGCGUUGGUUUAGGUCAGUUGUCAAUUGAUGACAUGGAAGUCGAUGCCACUUCCCCUAUUGUCAUCUAUGAUGACAGCGAUAAUGAUGACGAUGAUGGUUGCAUUCCGAUGGUUUUGUUGAUAUCAAUGCUGAAGCGGCUAACGGAAGCAAAGGUGUUGGUGUUGGUAUCUCCGUUACCCAAGGUUUGGAAUGGAACACUGCUCCUUAUUCCAACAGAAAAAAGGACCGAUCCUUCUGCACCUCCUCCGAUUGACCCAAAUGUUGAGGUGGGCCUCAAAACUUAUGUUGGUAUAAAGGAGUACUUAUUGGAUCCGGGGAACUUUGUUUUCACUGAAAAUACUCAGAUCCACAACAUGGAUAUAAUUAACGAAGGUGCAAUGAAAGACAUUCUCAACUACAUUGAUAGAACGACCGAGCUGUCCUGUGAGGCAAUUGUUAAAGAAAGGAUCGAGGAGUAUAUUGGUUUCUUAAGUAAAGCGAUGAAAGAAACCAGUUUUGGACUAUGUGAAGCAGACAAUGCUGAAUGGACCAUUACCAAACCAAUGGAUGAAUUUAUUAUGAAGCAGAAUUUCCGAAUCAUUGUUACGUAUGAUUAUCUUAAAGAGGGAAACAGCGGAGUUGCACUCUGUAGUAUCCUUGGAAAAGAAUAUGCUAAUUGGGUCUCAGAUCCAGGCAAUUAUGUGUUUCUUACUCCCACUCUGGUUGCUAGAUUACUUUCUGCUGAUAGGAACGUCUCAAGAACAGAAGGCAAAUAUUGA